UGAUGGUUGCUGCUGGAAUUCACAGACCAUUCUCACACUCUCACACUCACCCGUGGGGGGCGGCGGGGAGUUAGUUGAGGGCUGUGUGGAGAGAGAGAAUGCCAGAAGAGGAGGAAGAUAAAUCUCUCUCUGUCCAACCCUCUGUUCCGUUCCUGGAUUCAUUCUUGGGAGUCCGUCACCGUCCCGCCUGUUGUGCUGCCUCUGGAUCUAAGUCUACUGGAUUACAGCUCCGUUUCUCCGCUCAUUACUCCUGACGCUUGCAUUUCCACGGCAGGCAAAGUUGGGCAUCCAGAGACUAUAUGUUGACUGCCUGUUCAUUUCCUCUUGAAUUUCUAUGCUGUUUGAGCUUCAAAAUGAUUUCACUUUUCACUGGAAGAAGUGUGAUUUUAAUAUGACAGAGAAAAGAGCUCCGUCUUUUUUGGGGGGAUUGUUUACUUAUAGGAUAGGCUAGUGAUUUUGCUAUAUUUUGAUACUUCGUUGUCGCUGGUGAUUUGGUUGUGAGGGACAAGAUGAGUGGGGAGGGAGGUUAGAAAUGUAGGAAAUGUUGAUGUCUUUUCAUGUUUUAUUUUUUAUCAAACAGAGACAUUCUAACCUCACUCACCCAUCUUUCUUUUUUACUGAAGAUGUGACCUUAGUGGUCUCUGUUUUUCAGUGUUUUUUUUAGUGUUGGUGCAUUUAUUUCUCGUCACACUGGAGGGUCCACUUUGGAUGUGUGACUGCACUUGAACUCUCACCGUCCCCUGCUCUUCCCUUUUCCAGGGGGCUCUUAACCUAGAUCCUCUCUCUUUAACCCUGCGUAAAACCCCUCUCCCCUCUCCGGGGGCUCUCUCUGGACCUUCCCACCAUUUUCAGUUGCUUGAGGACACAGACAGCCCCGCCAGAAGAGGGGCUGUUGGGUAGGAAGACACCCCCCUCCCAAAGGUGAGAGGGGGGGGAAGAUGGCAGCUCUCGCCAGCUCUCUCAUCAGACAGAAACGGGCGGUCAAGGACGACGGACAAAACCGACCGGUAGCCAACAAGAGGAAGCCUUGUCCCAAGAGCAACAAGUCUCUGUGCCAGAAACAGAUCCUAGUCCUUAUCUCUAAAGUGAGGCUAUGUGGGGGUCGAAAAAGUCGAAAAGAAAAGAGACCGGAGCCCCAGUUGAAAGGCAUCGUGACCAGGCUGUACAGUCAGCACGGAUACUACCUGCAGAUGCAUCCGGAUGGCACCAUGGACGGCACAAGGGACGAAAGCAGCUCCUUUUCACAGUUCAACUUGAUUCCUGUGGGUCUGAGGAUCGUGGCGAUCCAGGGGGCGAAGACAGGGCUCUACAUGGGCAUGAACAGUGACGGGUACCUUUACACCUCUGAACACUUCACCCCGGAGUGUAAGUUCAAGGAGAGUGUGUUUGAGAACUACUACGUGACGUACUCCUCCAUGCUCUACAGACAGAGCCAGUCGGGCCGCUCCUGGUAUAUCGGUAUCAACCGCGACGGACAAGUCAUGAAGGGCAACCGGGUGAAGAAGACCAAAGGUGCUGCACACUUCCUGCCUAAAGUUAUAGAAGUUGCCAUGUAUAAGGAGCCAUCGCUACACGAGCUAGUCAACGAACAGAAAGAGAAAGAGAAAGAGAAAGAGAAAGAGAAAGAGAAAGAGAAAGAGAAAGAAGGCCCUGCCCAGAAUACAGUGAAGACGUCAGAAGAACGGCAUGAAAGAACUUUCUCCAUCAAGAACUGCAGGAAAGAAAAAAAAGCCCCCAAGGCUGAUGCCUCGUAGCACAGGGGACCGAUGGUGGGGGAGGGGCAGCAGUGACACUGAGAACUAAAUAGGGACUUAAUCGCCCAUCAUGCACUUGGGCUGGCUGGAGGAAUGGUCCCCUUUCCCCAGAAGUGCACUGGGCUGCACCAUGAUGAAGUGUCAACAGCCCAUCAGGUCUGGGUCUCGGAGGAAUUCCUCUCACCUGCCACCAGAGAGGAAGAUAGACUAGGGCCCAAGUCAGCACCACCACCUUUCCUCCCUGUCAAUCACCUUUACCCCUUCUCCUCUAGCACACUCACUACCAAAGGCACAGCCUGUAUAAUCUCUCUGUCAUUCAUCUACUGCCUUCCCAUCACCUGUUCUAGUUUCUAGAAAUCACCUCCACUCGCGCACACGCUUUAAUUUCUAAUUGUUGUAUUUUGAUGUGUGAUUGUGUCUGUGUGUAUGUGAGAGAGGGAGAGAGAGGGAGAGAGAGAGAGAGAGAGAGAGAGAGAGAGAGAGAGAGAGAGAGAGAGAGAGAGAGAGAGAGAGAGAGAGGUGUGUAACAAUAAUCACUUCCUGUCAUCAUAAUUACUACUCUCGAGUCGACUCUUCUAAUGAAUGGCAAUCACCGUGGUGAAAGUGUGACUAUGCCUGGCCUCCACCAUCUGCCCACCUGCAAAUCACACACCUCACAGCUGGAGGCGGGACAUCAAAAUGAUGUUUUAUUGGACAACAUCGGGGGGGGGAUCUAUUUCUAUUUGGUAGCAGGGCUGUCUGUUGAACUGCAGUCAGCAAAUCAAUUUCAAAAAAGCCAAAUCAUCUGUUGAAAGAGACAAGUCAAGCAAGCCCUUUUGGGAUCAGAGUUAUAUCUACAGGCUACAAGAUGACCUUUUCUAUCUCCCUCUUUCAAAGUUCCUUUCUCUAACGAUCAAUCACAAUGAGGAAGGUAAUAAUGGAGGGAACUGAAGAAGUUUAUGAUAAUAAAUCAUGAGGAUGAUGAUGAUAAUAAUAAUUACAAUGGUUACGGUGAUUAUGGUGAUAAUGAUGAUUCAACUACUGUGUAACUUUGCAAUAAUCUCACAGACAGAAAUUUCAGGGUAUUCCAUUAUCUGAAGUGAAUAGUCAUUUUCCCUUCUGGAGCCAUGAAAGCACCAUGUCCAAAAUACUAUGAGAGCCCCGACUUGUACAUGACUGCCAUGUCUGGCCCACAUAACAGUAGCCUGACAGAGAUGAUUUCAGUUUGUGCUCAGCAGGCUGACUCUGAGCAUGUGAGAGAGUGAUGGAGCUAAAUACCCUCCGGGCCCAAAAUGAGGCUAUGUUAUUAUGAUGUAACUCAUUGAAGGUUCUUUCUAGGGGGUUUUAUGGAAUACAGCCAUCAUUGCUUGAAUUAUUCACCUACAUUUAUGUAAAAUGUUGUAACUAGUCUCUGCAAUAUUUGUACAGUUUUGAGUCUCUUUAAGAGAUGGGCUGUGUUAAAAGAGAAAGUCAGCUUUUUUUUGCAAGUGUGUGAGAUAGUUACUGAGUGAGUGGUUAUGAAUGUGCCUGCUUAACAAUCGCCCUAUUUGCCAGCCUCCCUAACUCAGCUUGUGGUGCUCUUUUUUGUUGACCAUAAUGCACCAAAAUACAGUAUUUCAGAGACCUCUUAAGGUUUGGACUUAAAGGAAUGCUACUGUGUUAAAUUGAUUAGAUUCUCUGUCACCUGAAAGGUAAUGCCAGUGAUUGUUGAGUGUAUCCUUUGCUUGGCAACUGUUGUCGACAUAAAGCCGAGUUUAAAGCUGACAUCAAAGCCUGAGGAGGCUCUGAGCUGGAGCACCUACUUACUAUUCUACAGACGUCCCACUCCUUAUCCACUCACCAGCCUUAUCAAAUCACCACAGAGGAAUCCACUCGCAAAUAUGGAUUUCUUUGUGUGCGUGGCUGUUUGUGAUUGUGUUCUUCCCCCAGUGUAGCGAUGUUUGUGGGAAUAUGUGAGUUUAUUUUGGGAGUGCAUUGUGUGUGUAAGCCUGUGUGUGCAUGUAUGGGUUUGUGUGCGUGUGUGUGCGUGUUAAGUGGGAGGUGACUUCUGAAAUGUCCUUCACCCUGGACAUAGGGCACUGGGAGGGCUCUCUUUGUGAUGUCCUUCUCUGGGGAGGUGACAUUUGUGGGGCAAAUGGCCACCUUUCAAACACAGCACUGUCACGGUAUUGUUAUUGGCCUGAGAGUGCUGCAGGUAUCAAUGGGCAAUCAUAUCUAAAACAAAUUGUGGACAACAGCACAGCACAACAUAUACAGGAACAGCCCAGUGUACAGAAGGUUGCUUUUCUAGGCAUGGGGAUAUGUACAGAAAAACACAUAGCAGCGUAGCAUGUUCCUGCCAUGGCGACUAUGCUGUUAGAGUGAGCUAUUAUGCCAUUGUAUAUUACAGAGCAGCACUGCACUGACCGCCUUUAAUAUCCAGCCAAUGUGGAGACUUAUACCACGGUCUCUUGGAGAAUUCUGCUUAGAAAAAGCCAGUCGCAGUGGACUGCCUGUAAAUAUGUUGACCAACAUUACAGAAGAAUGCACACAGAGAGGGAGAAUAGAUACAAAUGAUACAGACUGUGAGACGGAUGUUUUCUGCAUGUCAUUAAGGACGAGAGUAUGUCUGAGAUGGUCUAGAGCAGUGGAUCCCAAACCUUAAAAAAAAAUGUUUUACUAGGUAAGUCAGUUAAAACAAAUUCUUAUUUUCAAUGACGGCCUAGGAACAGUGGGUUAACUGCCUAUUCAGGGGCAGAACGAGAGAUUUGUACCUUGUCAGCUCGGGAAUUUGAACUUGCAACCUUCUGGUUACUAGUCGAACGCUCUAACCACUAGGCUACGCUGCCGCCCCGUAUAGUCCUGUAUCCCUUCAAACAUUCAACCUCCAGCUGUGUAACCCCUCUAGCACCAGGGUCAGCGCACUCUCAAAUGUUGUUUUUUGCCAUCAUUGUAAGCCUGAAACACACAAACUAUACGAUACAUUUAUUAAACAUAAGAAUGAGUGUGAGUUUUUGUCACAAACCCGCUUGUGGGAAGUGACAAAGAGCACUUUUAGGACCAGGGCACAAAUAAUAAUAUAAUAAUAAUCAAUAAUUUUGCUCUUUAUUUAACCAUCUUACAUAAAACCUUAUGUGUUCAUCUAAAAUUGUGAAUAACUCACCACAGGUUACUGAGAAAGGACGCACAUGACUCUACAAUGUUGUCUUGUAUUGGAGAGAGACUCCGUCUUAAAUCAUUUUCCACACUCUGCCUGUAUUUAGUUUAGUUUUCAUGCUAGUGAGGGCUGAGAAUCCACUCUCACAUAGGCACCUGCUUGCAAAGGGCGUCAGUGUCUUAACAGUGCGAUGUGCCACAGCAGGAUACUCUGAGCGCAGCCAAAUCCAGAAAUCUGGCAGUGGCUUCUGAUUAAAUUCAAUUUUCGCUUGUUGCAAUUUCGAUGAAGUUCUCUUGUUCAGAUAUCAGUAAGUGGACUGGAAGCAGGGCAUGAAAAGGAUAACGAAUCUAGUUGUUUGUGUCAUCUAUUUCAGGAAAGUACUUGUGUAAUUGCUCACCCAACUCCCUCAGGUGCUUUGCUAUAUCACAUUUGACAUUGUUCGUAAGCUUGAGUUCAAUUGCACACAACAAAUCAUACAACGAUGGAAAGACCUGUGUGUUGUCCUUGUUAAUGCAGACAGAGAAGAGCUCCAACUUCUUAAUCAUAGUCUCAAUUUUGUCCUGCACAAUGAAUAUAGUUGUGGAGAGUCCCUGUAAUCCUAGAUUCAGAUCAUUCAGGCGAGAAAAAACAUCACCCAGACAGGAUAGUUGUGUGAGAAACUCGUCAUCAUGCACGAGGUCAGACAAGUGAAAAUUACGGUCAUCAUAGAAAACUUUAAGCUUUUAAAAAAACGUGGCAAUCCUUUGUGCCUUAAUAAACCAGUGUACUUCUGUAUGCUGUAAAAGCAUUACAUGGUCGCUUCCUAGAUCAUUGCAUGGUGCAGAAAAUACACAAGAGUUCAGGGACCUUAACAAAGUUAACCAUUUUCACUGUAGUGUUCAAAACGUCUUUCAAGCUGUCAGGCAUUCCCGUGGGAGCAGGAGCCUCUCGCUGGAUGCUGCAGUAUACUCAAGUGGAGUCGGGAGCAACUGCUUGCAUGCAGUUACCACUCCACUAUGUCUCCCUGUCAUGGCUUUUGCGCCAUCAGUACAGAUACAACACAUCUUGAUCACCAAUGUCCAUUUGAUGUCACAAAGCUGUCCAGUACUUACAAAAUAUCCUUUCCUGUUGUCCUGGUUUCCAGUGGUUUGCAGAAGAGGAUGUUUAAUUGACCCCCCCAUAAAUGUAACGGAUAUAUACCAGGAUCUGUGCCAGGCCCGCCACGUCUGUUCACUCAUCCAGCUGUAACGCAUAUAAUUCACUGGCUUGUAUGCGAAGCAGUAAUUGUUUCAAAACAUCUCCUGCCAUGUCACUGAUGUGAGGCAAAGGAAGUUCAAUAGUUCUGAGAUAGAAUGUGAGACGAAGGAAGUUCAAUAGUUCAGAGAUAGAAUGUGAGACAAAGGAAGUUCAAUAUUUCAGAGAUAGAAUGGGAGACAAAGGAAGUUCAAUAGUUUUGAGAUAGAAUGUGAGACAGAGAAAGUUCAAAGUUCUGAGAUAGAAUGUGAAACAAACAAAGUUCAAUAGUUCUGAGAUAGAAUGUGAGACAAACAAAGUUCACUAGUUCUGAUAUAGAAUGUGAGACGGAGAAAGUUCACUAGUUCUGAUAUAGAAUGUGAGACGGAGAAAGUUCACUAGUUCUGAUAUAGAAUGUGAGACGGAGAAAGUUCACUAGUUCUGAGAUAGAAUGUGAGACGGAGAAAGUUCACUAGUUCUGAGAUAGAAUGUGAGACGGAGAAAGUUCACUAGUUCUGAUAUAGAAUGUGAGACGGAGAAAGUUCACUAGUUCUGAGAUAGAAUGUGAGACGGAGAAAGUUCACUAGUUCUGAUAUAGAAUGUGAGACGGAGAAAGUUCACUAGUUCUGAUAUAGAAUGUGAGACGGAGAAAGUUCACUAGUUCUGAGAUAGAAUGUGAGACAGAGAAAGUUCACUAGUUCUGAUAUAGAAUGUGAGACGGAGAAAGUUCACUAGUUCUGAUAUAGAAUGUGAGACGGAGAAAGUUCACUAGUUCUGAGAUAGAAUGUGAGACGGAGAAAGUUCAAUAGUUCUGAUAUAGAAUGUGAGACGGAGAAAGUUCACUAGUUCUGAUAUAGAAUGUGAGACGGAGAAAGUUCACUAGUUCUGAGAUAGAAUGUGAGACGGAGAAAGUUCACUAGUUCUGAUAUAGAAUGUGAGACGGAGAAAGUUCACUAGUUCUGAUAUAGAAUGUGAGACGGAGAAAGUUCACUAGUUCUGAGAUAGAAUGUGAGACGGAGAAAGUUCACUAGUUCUGAUAUAGAAUGUGAGACGGAGAAAGUUCACUAGUUCUGAGAUAGAAUGUGAGACGGAGAAAGUUCAAUAGUUCUGAUAUAGAAUGUGAGACGGAGAAAGUUCACUAGUUCUGAAAUUGGAUGUGAAGCAGAGAAAGUUAAAUAGUUCUGAAAUAUAAUGUGAGGCAGGGCUCUUAGAUUCUAAUAUUGAGAGUAUGCCAGAGAGAUCUUUACCUGGUUGAGGCAAAAAUAAAAACACCGGACGCGUUCGCCAGCUUAGAGUACUAAACACCUCUGAACAGACUGCCAGCUGUAAUUUGCAAACAGAGUGCAAACAUGUAGAAUCGCUGACUGCCGCCCACCAUCAAGUGGUCCCUAAAACCAACCCGGCGAAUGAAAGGCAGAUCAAUAUUUGGUGAGGUGUAUGCCUAAGACAGAGCAGGUCCCAUGGAGUGAGGGGUAGUGACAUUGAGAAUGUGGUUCACACAUGCCCUCUCAUAUGUGCUUGGAAAUCACGCUUCAUUUCCUGCUCAAUCUCCCCAACUAGUGUUCUAUGUGUCUACUGCCCAGUACCCUUCCCUGUAGCACACUAUGUGUGUGUGUGUGUGUUUGUACAUGUAGGUGUGUGUAAGAGUGACUGAGUGAGUGUAAUGACCUACCUGUAUGUGUGUAUUUGUGUGCGAGAGAGAAAAAGGAGAGAAAGAGAGAGGAAAAGAUAGAAAAAGAGGGCAUGAGAGUGACGAUCAAUAGACUCAAUAAAAGCCAAGCUGGAGAGCAAUAGUUUAGCGUUGAGAGCAAUAAUUUCCCUUAGGUGCAGAGGGGGGAGCAAACCAAGUUUGUUGAUAAUGAACUCAGAGCAGUGUUGUCCGAUUCCAACCUGUAAACUGGACAAAGUGGCCUCUUUCACAACAGCUGUGGGGGAGAUAUUCUUCCAUCUUAUGGCACACUUUAGAGACCAACAGCCCAAUAGAACUGGACCAUUACCACUGGCCAGUGUGAUCUGGCCAUGCAUUGAGCUGCCUGGUUUUUCUGUACUUCACCGUCCUUUUCUGAGACAGUGGGGCCUACGGUUGCAAAGUUCCGGGCACUUUCGUCCAAGUUUCUGGUUGGGAAAACCAGGGAAUUUAUUCAAAGUUCACUGCUAUAGAACUCCACUAGAGUGCACUCUAUUUGUUUGAAGGAUCUUGGUCUUAGGUUCUAAUCAAAUCUGGGGUCAAAAGGGGAACACCACUCUCAUACUACAAAGAAAAAAAGAGUGGCUAAACGUUAUAAUAAUAAUAAUGAAUGCUUAUAGGGUUCUUCUGAAGGACUUGACGUUAACCAUUGUGAUUAAACAGGGAUGUUUAAGGUAUAGGGGCUGUCAGUCUACUGUACUCAAAUUGGAUUUAGAACAAACUUACCCGUUGAAUGGUGCUCUCCUGGCUCAUUGUUUCAUAUAAAUAUUACUAUAUAGCUAUGUCUGUGUAAAAAAAAAUAUCUGUGAAAUGUGAGGUCUUGUGUUGAUAUAUUUUCAGAAAAUAUCUUGAAGAAUGAAUGUGAUAAAUGUUUCUUGUUGUGUUUUCUUUUGUUCUGCUUUGUCAUGUUUUUUCUGAUUGAGACUUAAGGGAGGGAGGUUUUUGCUUUCCUCAGACCAAUCCUCCCUUCAGUGUGGUUUUGUAGGUGAACAAAAGUUUUGUGGUGGGGUGAAGUGGUAAGGACACUGGUUCAUCAUUCCCACAGAAUGCUAAAUGAUGCACUCACUGAAUCCUACAGUGUGAUUGAGUUACACAGGGUGCAAGAGGUUUAACACUAAACUGUAAAUGUAGUCAGAGCAAAACAGUGUGUGGAAACAUGCAAAGGGUCAGAUAGAUCUGUCCUCUUAAAGCCAGCACCUGUCUGUCAGUCCCUCCCGGAUUCCGCCAUGGCAAAUUUUUUAGCAAAAUCAAGAAUUCCCUGCAUCACAUCACCAUUUCCUCAUAAAAGAGUAAAAUCAUUGCAUUAUCGCAUAAAACAGACUCAUACGCAGUACAAACAUAUGGCUUGCAAUUCCAACCAAUCACUGCACAUUUACCACAUAGAGUUCAAUUAAGCGCCACAGUUAAAUAUAGGAAAAAUAAGCUACACGCCAAGAAACUUUUCCCUCGUUAACCCAUUUUCACAACAAAUUGGACAAAAUCACUGCAUAUUGCCAUGCAGAAUAUCAGAAUUGCUGCAGCAAAAUAAAACAUUUCCCCCUGCAAAAAAUAUCACAAAACAUCCCUGCGAAAUCCUAGAGGGACUGGUCUGUCAGUCAGUUAUGACCAUUCCCAGCAAUGUCCAGACUGUCCCAGCACCCACUGGGCUCAGCGUUAGGGUGACACAAGUCUUCCAAAAACUAACCACGCCAUCUCCUUUCUCCUCUCGGCUCUUGGUUGAUCUCAAUCCUUUCCUCUUGUCUUCCAAAAGUUACAGACGUCUUCCAACAAGAGCCAUACUUAUUAAUGAGAUGGGCCUUGGCACAGAUGGAGCCAAUGAAAGAAGGGUUGACUCCUUUGACCCCUCCCACCAUUCCCAGGGGACAAUGACCACAGGUGCGACUUUACAUGGUGAUAGAGCAGAGAUGGAUCUACUAACUCUGCAGCCACAACAAAAAGACUAGAGUGUAAUAACAAUGCAUCGAGGACUAACAAUCUGCCAUGGGGACAACCAACUUGCAAGGACGACAAACAGUCUUCAGCAAGGAUUAACAGCCAGCAAGGAGGACUAACGGGAUACUAAACAGUCCAGAAGUCUGCAAUAAGGACAACAAGUCCAGGUUGACAUGAUCAUUUUUUCACAACAUGCAUGCACCACCAUUUACCAACUCCCACAAUAAGGGAUGACACAUCCUCUUCAGUAACUAGAGACACAAAGGCCCCUCUCCUCACCCUCUCCCUGAGUUUACCAUCAGACCUGUGUAUAUUUCUAUAGUAACUCACAUCUGACUCGGGGGGAGAUGUUUACUAUCAGACCUGUGUACAUUUCUAUAGUAUGUCACACAUAACUGGAGGAGAAAUACUUAUCAUCAGACCUGAGUUCAUUUCUAUAGUAACUCACACCUGACUCAAUGGGAGAUGUUUACCAUCAGAUGUGUUUCUAUAGUAACUCACACCUGACUCAAUGGGAGAUGUUUACCAUCAGAUGUGUUUCUAUAGUAACUCACACCUGACUCAAUGGGAGAUGUUUACCAUCAGAUGUGUUUCUAUAGUAACUCACACCUGACUCAAUGGAAGAUGUUUACCAUCAGAUGUGUUUCUAUAGUAACUCACACCUGACUCAAUGGGAGAUGUUUACCAUCAGAUGUGUUUCUAUAGUAACUCACACCUGACUCGAGAGGAGAUGUUUACCAUCAGAUGUGUUUCUAUAGUAACUCACACCUGACUCAAUGGGAGAUGUUUACCAUCAGAUGUGUUUCUAUAGUAACUCACACCUGACUCGAGAGGAGAUGUUUACCAUCGGAUGUGUUUCUAUAGUAACUCACACCUGACUCAAUGGGAGAUGUUUACCAUCAGCUGUGUUUCUAUAGUAACUCACACCUGACUCGAGAGGAGAUGUUUUACCAUCAGAUGUGUUUCUAUAGUAACUCACACCUGACUCGAGAGGAGAUGUUUACCAUCAGAUGUGUUUCUAUAGUAACUCACACCUGACUCGAGAGGAGAUGUUUACCAUCAGAUGUGUUUCUAUAGUAACUCACACCUGACUCGAGAGGAGAUGUUUUACCAUCAGAUGUGUUUCUAUAGUAACUCACACCUGACUCGAGAGGAGAUGUUUACCAUCGGAUGUGUUUCUAUAGUAACUCACACCUGACUCGAGAGGAGAUGUUUACCAUCAGAUGUGUUUCUAUAGUAACUCACACCUGACUCGAGAGGAGAUGUUUACC